AUGUGCCACUUUCAGGUCUCCUCACACUGCUGGUGUGUUCCAUUUUGUCAUAGGGUGCUGGCAGAUUACGGGCCUCCCAUUGCUGCUGCCAGGCCUGUAAUCUGCCAUGGGCCCCUGUACCGCCUCCUCAUGCUGCUGCCAGGUCCAGAGUGUCUCAUGGGUCCCUGUACGGCCUCCCAUUGCUGCUGUCUCCAUCGCCACACUCUGCCAUGUGCCACUUUCAGGUCUCCUCACACUGCUGGUGGGUUCCAUUUUUGUCAUAGUGUGCUGUAUGGCCUCCCAUUGCUGCUGCCUCCACCGCCACACUGUGGCUCCACACUCUGGUUUUGGCCCCGUGACUGCCCAAAUGAGUGAAGUGUGCGGUGAUUCUAAGAUCGACGGCACUCAUCUGCAUGUCAUACUGACUGACAGUAUUAUUUCUCUUCCCCAGCAGACUCCAAGGGCAUUUAAAUUAAAGGUACAGUGUUCUGCACUAAUAUAA